AACGCAAAGCGAACAAGUGAGGAGAAGAGAAGUGAAAGGUUACAUACCCGUCGAGAAACUUACUACGAAACUUUUAUAUUAUUACAAAGAAGCUAAAGAAGAAUUGUAAGAAAAUGCCAGCUAUCGGAAUCGACCUCGGAACGACGUACUCGUGCGUGGGCGUGUGGCAGCACGGGGGCGUGGAGAUCAUCGCUAACGACCAGGGCAACAGGACCACCCCGUCGUACGUAGCGUUCACGGACUCCGAGCGACUCAUCGGCGACGCCGCCAAGAACCAGGUGGCGCUCAACCCCGGCAACACGGUGUUCGACGCCAAGCGACUCAUCGGCCGCAAAUUCGACGACCCCAAGAUCCAGCAGGACAUGAAGCACUGGCCGUUCAAGGUCAUCAGUGACUGCGGCAAGCCCAAGAUACAGGUCGAGUUCAAGGGAGAGACGAAGAGAUUCGCGCCGGAGGAGAUCAGCAGCAUGGUGCUGACGAAGAUGAAGGAGACGGCGGAGGCGUACCUGGGCGCGGCGGUGCGGGACGCCGUGAUCACGGUACCGGCAUACUUCAACGACUCGCAGCGCCAGGCCACCAAGGACGCGGGCGCCAUCGCCGGCCUCAACGUGCUGCGCAUCAUCAACGAGCCCACCGCCGCCGCGCUCGCGUACGGCCUGGACAAGAACCUGAAGGGCGAGCGCAACGUGCUUAUCUUCGACCUCGGCGGCGGCACCUUCGACGUGUCCAUCCUCACCAUCGACGAGGGCUCGCUGUUCGAGGUGAAGGCCACCGCCGGAGACACCCAUCUCGGCGGUGAGGACUUUGACAACCGCCUGGUUACCCACCUCGCCGACGAGUUCCUGCGCAAGUACAAGAAGGACCUGCGCGGAAACGCGCGCGCGCUGCGCCGCCUGCGCACGGCGGCCGAGCGCGCCAAGCGCACGCUGUCCUCCAGCACCGAGGCCACCAUCGAGGUGGACGCGCUGUACGAGGGCGUCGACUUCUACACGCGCGUGUCGCGCGCACGCUUCGAGGAGCUCUGCUCCGACCUGUUCCGCGGCACACUCGAGCCCGUAGAGAAGGCGCUGCGAGACGCCAAGCUGGACAAGAGCCAGAUCCACGACGUGGUGCUCGUCGGCGGCUCCACGCGCAUCCCCAAGGUCCAGAACCUGCUGCAGAACUUCUUCGGCGGCAAGCAACUGAACCUGUCCAUCAACCCCGACGAGGCGGUGGCGUACGGCGCGGCCGUGCAGGCGGCCAUCCUCAGCGGCGACGGCGACUCCAAGAUCCAGGAUGUGCUGCUGGUGGACGUGGCGCCGCUGUCACUCGGUAUCGAAACCGCGGGCGGCGUCAUGACCAACAUCAUCGCGCGCAACUGCAAGAUUCCCUGCAAGCAGUCGCAGACGUUCACCACGUAUGCCGACAACCAGCCGGCGGUUACUAUCCAGGUGUUCGAGGGCGAGCGCGCGCUCACCAAGGACAACAACCGCCUCGGCACCUUCGACCUCACCGGCAUCCCGCCCGCGCCGCGCGGCGUCCCCAAGAUCGACGUCACCUUCGACAUCGACGCCAACGGCAUCCUGAACGUGACGGCCAAGGAGAACAGCACGGGCCGCUCCAAGAACAUCGUGAUCAAGAACGAGCGCGGGCGGCUCUCGCAGGCGGACAUCGACCGCAUGCUGGCCGAGGCCGAGCGCUACAAGGAGGAGGACGAGCGCCAGAGGAGGCGCGUGGCGGCGCGCAACCGGCUCGAGGGCUACGUGUUCGGCGUGAAGCAGGCGCUGGACGAGGCGGGCGACAAGCUGAGCGAGACGGACAAGAGCGCGGCGCGGCAGGAGUGCGACGCGGCCCUCGGCUGGCUCGACAACAACUCGCUGGCCGAGGAGGACGAGUAUGAGCACCGCCUCAAGGAGCUGCAGCGCGUGUGCUCGCCGCUCAUGGCCAAGAUGCACGGCGCCGGCGCCGGCGGUGAUACCCCCGCCCCCGCCGGCGCGGGGAAACCCACCGUCGAGGAAGUCGAUUAAAUAUGGAAGAAAGAUAAAUGUAAAAUUAUCCCACUUAGGCUAACGCUUAGCUUAAUGCCG